AUGGCACAAAAUACAAGCACGAUAACGCCUCCGGUUGAGGCUAGCCCCAUUGUAUGUUAUGCACCAACAAUGAUAACAACAAAUGGUGUAUGGCAAGGAGAUAAUCCCUUGGAUUAUUCUUUACCACUUUUUAUCUUGCAAUUAACAAUAGUCGUUAUUGUUACUCGCGUUCUUGUUUAUCUCCUCAAACCUCUUCGCCAACCUCGUGUUAUCGCUGAAAUCCUCGGUGGAGUUAUACUCGGACCGUCAGUCUUGGGGAGAAAUAAAACUUUUGCAAACACAAUGUUCCCUCUAAGAAGUGUGAUGGUGCUGGAAACAAUGGCAAACAUUGGACUAUUGUAUUUCCUAUUUCUCGUAGGGGUCGAGAUGGACAUUGCGGUAAUCAAGCGCACAGGAAGAAAAGCAAUUAGCAUUGCACUUGGCGGAAUGAUCUUACCCUUUCUCAUCGGAUGCACCUUCUCCCUCUUAAUGCAACACAAAGAAGACGACACUCAUCACGGGACUUUCGUGCUUUUCCUUGGCGUCGCCCUUGCUGUCACAGCUUUUCCUGUGCUAGCUAGGAUUCUAGCGGAGCUCAAGCUCAUCAACACAGAAAUUGGGCGGAUCUCCAUGUCAGCAGCCCUUGUGAAUGACAUUUGUGCUUGGAUUCUCUUAGCCUUGGCGAUUGCCCUAGCUGAGACUGAUGCCUCUGCUCUAACUUCUCUUUGGGUGAUUCUUUCGAGUACAGCUUUCGUGGUCGUGUGCAUCUUCUUGGUUCGCCCUAUCAUAAUGUGGAUGAUUCGUCGGACACCUGAGGGUGAGCCAUUCAGCGACUUUUACAUAUGUCUUAUCCUUACGGGGGUUAUGAUCUCAGGAUUCAUCACAGAUGCCAUAGGGACACAUUCUGUGUUCGGUGCUUUUGUCUUUGGCCUUAUCAUUCCAAAUGGACCUUUAGGGGUAACCCUAAUAGAAAAGCUUGAAGAUUUCGUGUCAGGCCUUCUACUUCCGCUGUUUUUUGCCAUUAGUGGUCUUAAGACUGAUAUUCGUCAAAUCGGCGGCCCUAAAGUCUGGGCCAAUCUCUUGGCUGUCAUUGCAUUGGCUUGUUCUGGCAAGGUUGCUGGCACAGCUGCUGUCUCCUACUUUUACAACAUGCCCAUCCGUGAAGGAAUCACCCUCGGUUUGCUCAUGAACACCAAAGGUUUAGUCGAAAUGAUCGUCCUAAAUGUGGGAAAGGAUCAAAAGGUUUUAGAUGAUGCUUCAUUUUCAAUCAUGGUAAUCUCAGCAUUGAUGAUGACUAGUGUGAUUGGUCCCUUGGUCACGUUACUUUACAGGCCAGCAAGAAGAACUGUGGCAUAUAAGAGAAGAACCAUACAGAAAUCAAAACCAGAUGGGGAACUGAGAAUAUUGACUUGCAUCCACACCCCAAGAAAUGUGCCGACCAUCAUAAAUCUCCUGGAAGCUAGCCACCCAACAAGAAGAUCCCCAAUAUGUGUGUAUGUACUGCAUCUAGUAGAACUUACAGGACGAGCAUCAGCAAUGCUCAUAGUCCAUAAUACCAGAAAGUCAGGCCGACCAGCCCUCAACAGAACACAGGCACAGUCAGAUCAUAUCAUCAAUGCCUUUGAGAAUUAUGAGCAGCAUGCUCAAUCUGGAUCUGUCUCAGUUCAGCCCCUCACAGCAAUUUCCCCCUACUCUACAAUGCACGAAGAUAUUUGCCACUUGGCAGAAGAAAAGCGAGUUGCACUUAUCAUUAUUCCCUUCCAUAAGCAACAAACAGUAGAUGGGGGCAUGGAAUCAACAAACCCAGCCUUUCGAAUAAUAAACCAGAAUUUAUUAGCCAAUUCCCCUUGCUCAGUUGGGAUCCUAGUAGAUAGAGGGCUAAGUGGGUCAACCCGUUUGGCUGCUAACCAAGUGUCUCAUAACAUAGCAGUGCUCUUCUUUGGUGGACCAGAUGACAGGGAGGCACUAUCAUAUGCAUUGAGAAUGUCGGAACAUCCAACCAUCACCGUUACUGUAAUGCGGUUCAUACCAGGUGAUGAUGCUAGUAGAACAAAUCAUGUCGAACCGAGCCGCGAGCCUGUGGACCCACGAGUGUUGACUGUGAUAACUGAUGCAGAACAAGAGAAGCAAUUAGAUGAGAAGUAUAUUAAUGAUUUCAAAAUUAGGAUCUCCGACAGGGACUCAAUUACAUAUUCAGAGAGGAUCGUAAACAACGGGGAGGAAACGGUGGCUUCCAUAAGAGCAAUAGAUAGCAUUCACGAUCUUUACAUAGUGGGAAGAGGACAAGGCAUUAUAUCACCACUUACAGCCGGUCUAACAGACUGGAGCGAGUGUCCUGAGCUUGGAGCAAUAGGUGACAUGUUAGCUUCAUCAGAUUUUGCAGCAACAAGUUCUGUGUUAGUGGUGCAACAAUAUGUUGGUUUAGGGCCACAACAUGAAUCUCUUCCAACUCCUGACAGUCCCACAGCUCCAAAUGAUCUUAAUGACCAAAUAAAGGAAUGA